AUGGAAACUGGAAAUUGCAGUACAGAGAUGGAUUUUAUACUUGUUGGUCUUUUCCAAUAUGGACACAUGAAUAGUUUUCUAUUUGCUGUCAUCGCCAUCCUCUUCUCUGUGGCUCUGGUGGGAAAUAUCACACUGAUCCACCUCAUUCGAGUGGACUCCAAACUCCACACUCCUAUGUACUUUCUCCUCAGCCAGCUCUCCACCAUCGACAUGAUGUACAUCUCCACCACUGUACCCAAGAUGGCAGCUAACUUUCUCUCCAAUACCAAGACAGUUUCAUUUGUGGGCUGUGAGAUUCAAGCCUUUGUGUUCCUCAGCCUUGGAGCCUCUGAGGCCCUUCUUCUGGGUUUCAUGUCUUAUGAUAGAUACAUAGCCAUCUGUCAUCCUUUGCGGUAUCCUGUGCUCAUGAGCUGGAGGAUCUGUUGGUUCAUGGUCACCUGUGCAUGGAGCAGCAGUUCUAUCAAUGCUUUAGUGCACACAGUCUAUGUGUUUCAGCUUCCAUUCUGCAGAUCCAGAGUCAUUAAUCACUUCUUUUGUGAAGUUCCUUCUAUUCUGCCAUUAGUGUGUCAGGACACAUCCCAGUAUGAGUACACAGUUCUCUUGAGUGGCCUAAUAAUUUUGCUGUUCCCUUUCAUGGCCAUUCUAGCUUCCUAUGCUCGGGUACUUGUUGUUGUGUUCCAGAUGCGCUCAGGUAAAGGACAGACAAAAGCUCUUUCCACUUGUUCCUCCCAUCUCAUUGUGGCAAGCAUGUUCUAUGUAACUACUCUGUCUACCUACACCCAGCCACACAGGUUACAUUCCCCUUCCCGGGACAAGGUGGUGGCAGUGUUUUACUCCAUCGUCACUCCUCUUCUGAACCCGUUUAUCUAUAGCUUGAGAAAUAAGGAGGUUCUGGGAGCCAUGAAGAGACAAUUAGACUCACACACAUUAGUAUAG